AUGGAAGCUUAUAAGUGUUUUAUCCCAGCCUGCCCCUUUCAAGUUUUAUAUAUGUGCAAUUAUUUAUCAUCAGGCAAUUUUUUCUGUGCCACCCAUUUCGAUUCUCAUCUCAAAGAUUGUAAUAAAGAGCACAGGAGUCUUCAUGAAAUAAUUGCAAUCCUUGAAAUGCUUUUGGAUGAAAAAAUUGAGCUUGAAAAGAAAAAACUAAAAAUUCAAGAAAUAAUUAUCGACCCAGAUAAGUGAAAUUACAACGGUCCUAAAGAAAUUGACAAAGGAAUAGAGAAAAUUAGCAAAAUAUUCCUUUUAGCACUUCAGGCUAAAAGUGCAAAAAAUUUAGAAUUACUUAUAUGAGAUAAUCCUAAUUAUUAUUUAUUAUAA